AAUUUCAGGUUUUGAAUGUUGGGAUUUUAUCAUUUCCUGAUGAGCGAUUAGCUUGCGACAUCGAAAACUUGAUGAAAUUAUAAAAAAUUAGGCUUCGUUGUUUGGAAUUAUUUCAAUUUUCGAUUCAAAUAAUGUUGGUCCUUGUUAUCGGUGACUUUCAUAUACCACAUCGAAGUCAUAAUAUACCAGCAAAAUUUCGUAAAUUAUUGGUACCAAACAAAAUGCAACAUGUUUUAUGUACUGGUAAUUUGUGCACACGUGAAACGUUCGAUUACCUGAAAUCUUUGGCAUCUGAUGUACAUGUAGUUCGUGGUGAUUUCGACGAUGUUAUAACGAAUUACCCAGAUACUAAAGUUAUUUCAGUUGGGCAGUUCCGAAUUGGCUUAUGUCACGGUCAUCAAAUUGUACCCUGGGGUGACAAAAAGAGGCUAGAAAUGUUAGCACGGCAAAUGGAUGUGGAUGUUUUGAUAACUGGACAUAUACAUGAGUGUCAAACAUUUCAACAUGAGGGACGCUUUUACGUAAAUCCUGGCUCUGCAACCGGAGCUUUCUCACCCAUACAAAGGGAUGUCAUACCGUCAUUUGCAUUACUGGACGUGCAAAUAGGAACACUGAUUACAUAUCUCUAUCGAUUAAUUGAUGAUCAGGUAAAAGUGGAACGUGUUCAGUUUUCCAAAUCUACAACUGGUUGAAUAACUUAUUUACAUCUGGACGGUACAGUGAUCGUUUUUUAUUUACGCUGUUUUCUUCUAUAAUUUCUGGUGCUGAAUACUGAACGCAUCAUGAAGUCAUAUGGUUUAAACGAAUUCUCUAUGCUUCAUAAUGGUUUUUUAAUUUUCAAUAUGUUUUCCUUCCGGAUCACCGUUUUAUUUAAAUCAAAUAUUGAACUAAAUCGAACGAAGGGGAAAAAGUGAAUAAAAGUAACCG